CCUACCUUGACAGUCAACUAGGUAGUUAGGUAGCUAGAUAAAACGUUAAAAAUGUCUAUAUUUACUCCAACGAACCAAAUUCGAUUAACUAAUGUAGCGGUGGUGAGGAUGAAGAAAGGAGGGAAAAGAUUUGAAAUUGCCUGUUACAAAAAUAAAGUAAUGAGUUGGCGAUCCGGGGCAGAGAAGGAUCUUGAUGAGGUCUUACAGACAAGUACGGUGUUUGUAAAUGUCUCUAAGGGUCAAGUGGCGAAAAAAGAUGACCUGUCAAAAGCUUUUGGAACAGAUGAUUUGACGGAAAUAUGCAAACAGAUUUUGGCCAAGGGAGAACUUCAGGUGUCUGAUAAGGAACGGCAGAGUCAGCUGGAGCAAAUGUUCAGGGACAUUGCUACCAUUGUGGCAGAGAAGUGUGUGAAUCCAGAGACCAAGCGACCCUACACCGUCAGCCUUAUAGAAAAAGCCAUGAAAGACAUUCACUACUCUGUCAAAGCCAACAAGAGUACAAAACAGCAGGCCCUGGAGGUGAUCCGACAGCUGAAGGAGUCCAUCCAGAUCCAGAGGGCACACAUGCGGCUGCGCUUCGUCCUCCCAGCCAAAGAGGGAAAGAGGCUGAAGGAGAAACUCAAGCCCCUGCUAAAGGUGGUGGAAAGUGAAGACUUUGAUGAUCAGCUGGAAAUGGUGUGUUUGAUCGAUCCUGGCUGUUAUCGAGAGAUUGACGAGUUGAUCCGGUGUGAGACAAAAGGGAAGGGCGCUAUCGAGGUGCUCAGUCUGAAAGAUGUGGAGGAGGGAGAUGAGAAGCUGGAGUAAAGUCUUCGCUGCUUGUGGUUUACACACAGCUCACCAGCCACACUAACCUGAAUAUGGAUUAAAACCACCUGCAAUUUAUUUUAUAUGGACAGCAUUUUACUUUUAGCCGAUUUAAGAGACCAAUAGACAGAAAUGAAUAAUAACACAAUACUGUUAUCUCAAAGAUCAACUCAAAUUCAGUGAGUGGACUUUAUUUUCUGUGAAAAUUUCGGUGAAUUGAACGCUUUGAGGUAAGCUAAGGGAAAGCUAAUGUAUGAACAUUGUUAUGCUUUUUUGUUCAAUAAGCAUACUGAUGUUAGAUGUCAACUACAUGUAAUGAUUGAUAUAGUAUUGGAUUUUCAUUAAAUAUCAAUGUAAGUAAGAACUAAAACAGAAUUAACUUAUCCCCUAUCUUUAAUGGGUGCCACACAACUUUUCUGUUGAAUGCAAACACGCAUAUUAAGGCUUGUUUUUAUGUAUAACUCCCCAAAAUGUAAAAUGUAACUCAUCAGUUUAUGUUACAGGAUUUGCUUUGAAGAUAUUAAUAAAUUAUUAU